AUGUCAUCCCCACUUUGCUUCGUUCUCAUCCUCGUCUUCACCAUGGAGCUUCUCUUCAACUUCAUCUGGAAAAAAUGGAGAAGAGUUCAUCAAAAAGAAGAUCGAAUAAGCAAGCUUCCAAAUCAUGUUAUCUCUUCCAUCGUCUCUUUGCUUCCAACUGAAGAAGCAAUCAGAACCAGCGUGCUUUCGAAAUCGUGGAAGACCUUUUGGAGCAACGUUCCUCACCUCGAUUUCAAUCAGAAUCGCAUGCUAGAGCAUGCGUUUAAACGAUGGUUUGAAAUUUCUCGUGACCCAAAAACUUCUCAAGAAAAAUUGUAUGCUGCUUAUGAUCUGUUGAUGUUUCAAUUUGAUGAUGCUAUUAAGUCUAUUGAGAAGGUUUUGAUAAAUCAUCGUGGGGUGUUAGAACGAUGUAGGAUCGUGCACAUCACGGAUAGUUGUAGAAAUGGUGAUGUAGUACAGUUGAUCAGAUAUCUCGUGACUGUGAAAAGAGUGCAUGAGUUGGAUAUGGAGUGCAAGUACGUAGAACCUUGGGAUCAGAUUGAAUUUUAUAAAAACUUAAAAAUUGAUGAUGUUCCUAUUCAAGUUGCUGCGCCGCCCACAUUAAAUAUAUGUUUUCAUAUAUUAGCUGCAUGUUGUGUUGUGCUUAAAUUGACAAAUUAUGUGUUGAAGAGUGCACCUCCUUUGCGGGUUUGUGAGAAUUUGAAGAUCCUGAAAUUAAAGAAGGUGUGGCUGUGUGAUCGGUUGUUUGAAGGGAUUCUCUUGAAAUGUGUUUCCUUGGAAUAUCUAAGCCUCAUUGGAUGCAAGCACUUGAAGAAGCUCAGGAUUCAUAGUGCUAGUAUUAAAUUUCUGAAGCUUAGAAAAAUGACAUUGCAUAAGAUGCAAGUUGUCGCUGUCAACCUUGAGGUUAUAGUUCUGGAUACAUUGGUUAUUUGUCAAUGGAAAGAAUGGAGUGUUAAUGCUCCAAACCUUGAACUCCUUCAUGUCUACUACGGUGAUCCAGCAGCUCGAGGGAUGACUAAACUACGAGUUCGGAGAGUCCUUCUAACAACAAGAGUGGUUUUGCAAAGAAUCACUAAUAUUGGGGGUUUCGUUCGCGCAAAUCCUCUACAGAAUCUGGUAAGUUUGAGCAUUGAUUUAGAUUUGAAUGGAGAAAAAGAUAACACCGCUCUUUAUUUGGCGCUUAAAUUAUGCAAUUCAUUAGAGAGACUUGAGAUCAACAAUAAGGAUUACUACAGCUCGCAAAUAUUUUCGGUUACCGAUUCAAUAUUUUGGGAGAUAGGAGAGCCAUGCAUCUGUAUUUGCCAAACGCUGAAUACAGUUCGCAUAAGGGGAUUCAAAGGGAAAGUGCUUGAACUGGAAUUUGCCAAGCACUUGAUAAAGAAAGCUACAAGGUUGACGAGAAUGACCAUCUUUUUUGUUGAUAAUUGUGCUCAGAAUUUGUUCAGUGCUGCAACGAUUUCACUUGUGAGGGCCUCAAAAGAUCUGGGCAUCACUCUGGUGACCGCAGGCGGUGAAGAGGAGUAA